UGUUAAUCUUGUGAUGGUCUGCUUGUUGUUGCUGGUCUGUUCUGCCCCUUCUGUUGAAAUCCACUAUAUAAAGGCAGAACUUUGUCUUGAUCCUGAGACUUGCAGCAGCCUUCAGUGGUACCACAGCAAGAUGUUGAACGUCAGUGAGCUUCCUCUGCAGCGCCUGCCCUCCGGGUCCUCGGGCCGUCUACUGCAGCCAUUCUGGGAUCAUUUGCUUUUCCACCACCUGCCUCUCAUCUCGUCUCCUUUUUUACCCGUCCUGCUCGCCUUCUCCAGCUAUUUCUUCUUCAGCAUACCCUUUGCUGCACUGGACCUCUUGGGAGAAAGAGUUCCUUCAUUCUUUAAGUACAAGAUCCAACCAGACAGGCGGCCGACAGUGGGAAUGAUGGCUAAGAGCUUCAUGAGAGCCAUGUAUAACCACAUAUUCUUUGUUCUGCCAGCUGUAUUAAUCGCCAUGUUCAUACUGCCUACACCAAGAAUGCCACAGGAUGCUCCUACUCUAUAUGAGGUAAUCAUUGAUGGACUGGCUAUACUUCUCCUCUUUGACACUCAGUACUUUGUUUGGCAUUUCAUACAUCACAAGCAUUCACAGCUUUACCGGUGGAUUCAUGCAAUCCACCAUGAAUACAUGGCGCCUUUUUCUUGGUCGACUGAGCAGCUCAGCAUCCCAGAGCUGAUGACUAUUGGACUCUGGAGCAACCAGGACCCAGUUCUUUUAAAGUGCCACCCGUUGACCACGUGGUUGACCACAGUUUUCAGUAUCUGGAUGUCUGUGGAGGACCACAUAGGUUAUGACCUGCCGUGGACCCUGAACCACCUGGUGCCAUUUGGUCUGCUGGGCGGCGCACCGGCUCAUGACAUGCACCACCAGAAGCCGAGCAGCAACUACGCUCCUUUCUUCAGCCACUGGGACAGAAUCUUUGGCACCGCUGUUCCUCAGCAGAAAAAGACUUUGAAGAGAUGAUGUGAAUGAAAUUCUGUAAAUACUGCACAUAGUGGUUUUUUUUUUCUGAUGUUAUUGUCAAUUAUUUUAGCAUCGUCGCAUUCACCAUCCAUUGUUUUUUUUAAAUAUGUUUAACUAUUAAUUCUAUAGCACUUGCUGCCUCUUUGCUGCUCCUCCAUGCUCUCUUUGUGAGGCUGUGUGAGAUGAAGACUGUAUUUUGUAUGGCCUGUCAUUCAAUA